UGCGGAGUCAGAGCCUCCAGACACACCCUCAGAAUGGCCCUGCUGUCCUUUGGAGAGAGAAGGUGGGCCCCUCACUGAGAGAGGAAAGCUCCCUGUCUGGCUCCCAGUUCUGCAGCCCCCUUACCCCAAGGCUGGGGAUUCUAGACUCCUGCUUUACUAUAGCUCCUUCUCCUAUACCCCUUGGUCUGGGCUUCCAUGACGUCCUCAGGGUUCCCCCCCCCCCCACUCUCUGUUUCCUCUUCUUCCUUGCUAUUUCUAACCUCUGGUCCCAGUGCCUGGCAGCUCUUCGGAGCUGGCUCACAUUUCCCCCCCAAAAAGUUGAUCUCCCCCGAUGUGCUGUAGGUCGGGACACCCAUGGGUUCCCCAACCCCUGUCACUGACACCAGGGUCUCCCACCAGGGGGGCUAGCUGGCCUUGUCACCAGUUAGCCCCCCUGCAGCCUUAGUGAGUGAACCUGAGGGACCCUGGCCAGGCCAGGUCCCUGUGAGGUAUGGAGGGGGAGCUGAUGUCGAAACCCUGUCCCAGGACUUGGGUUCCCUGUUCUAAUACACCUCUCCCCGGAGGGCAGGGGUCCAGAUGGCAGGCUGGGCUCUGGUCACAAUGGUCAUUGUAGCUGUGGGUGGGCACAGCCAAACCCUCUCCUGGGAGGCACCUGUCCCACUGGGGACAGGAGCCCUGGUCCCUGGUGCUAAAUGCUCUCUUCCCCUUGGGCCAGUGUGGGUUAAAAGCUCCUUCCCAGCCAGAUCACAAGGGUCUGAAGCAAUAAUGGAACCUCAGCAGUGCCAGUAUGGGUAGGGGUUCUUGUUUUACCAGCUUUUACAUUUCCUUUUUAUUUUUAAAACAAGUGGACAAGCACCUAGAUACUGGAGUAAGGGGACUGGGGCAUCAUACCCACUUCCCAGGGCUGGUGGCAGGGAAGAGGGGUCGGGAUCAUCACCUCCCGCUGGAGAUGUGCUGGGUGGGGGGAACCCCUCAGUCCAGAUGGACUUUUCAGCCCAUUUGGCCAGAACUCGGGUCUGAAACCUGGGCCCGCCCCCUCCCCAGCUUCCGCUGGGCUCCCUGGUCUUGGGCCAGCUGGGGGUGAGCAGAGAGAUCAGCUGGGGCUAGAGCCUCAGCCUCCGACCUUGGCAUGUGCGGCCACAGCACCCCUUGCUGGGGGGUCCACAGUAGCAGAAUGGCUGUGCCAGGUGUGUGGACCCUUGAUGUCUGGGCCCCAAGUGCAUGGCAGAUGGCAGGAGGGUGAGGACACAAGUGCAGGGGAAUAAAGUCCGUACAACUGUCCCUUGGCCCAGCCUCUUCUUUACAUGUUGCCCGCCCUGACCACUGGCGGGAAAGACCCAGGCCAGAGCAAGGGAGCCCAGCAGCUCAGCGGUAGGCCGCAUGGGUCACUGUGCCCUAGAGCAGCUGCAGACCCCAUGUCUCUCCCUUGAGGGGGCCUGGGCUUUAGGAACACCCAGAGUCAGGAGCUGAGGCAAGAGCGGAGACAUGCCCCCCAAACCGGUGUUUGGUCCUGAGCUGGAUGCGGAAGGGGAUCAAAAGAGGAGAGGUCCUGGGGCUGCUGAUGCUGAGAUCCCCAAAGGCAGCGCCCGCAGGAGGCCAGGCCCCCUGCAGGACGGUUUUCCCCGAGCGCCUGGGCCUGUGGCCACUGGAGCCCCGGGACAGCCGGGGCCACUCCCACUCAUGUGCUCAGCCCUUGGCAGGCAAGGGCCGUCUGAAGGAGCCAGCUAUCAGAGAUGCUGACGUGGGCCCCGGGAAGACAAACGCUCAGAGGGAAGGCAGCUAGUGGCCUCCAAGGAGGGAGCAGACGGCUCUCCGUGGGGACCUCUGAGAAUUAAUUCGUUGUGCAGCCCCGCGAAGACAGCUGCGUAGACCGAGAGUGACCCAGAAGGAAAGCAGGGGAAUAGAAAGAGGAGGCCCCUGGCAAGGCAGCGGCACCCCAAGCCACCCACCAUGACGCUGGGCUUGGAGCAGGCGGAGGAGCAGCGUCUGUACCAGCAGACGCUCCUGCAGGACGGGCUCAAGGACAUGCUGGACCACGGCAAGUUCCUCGACUGUGUGGUGCGGGUGGGUGAGCGCGAGUUCCCGUGCCACCGCCUGGUGCUGGCCGCCUGCAGCCCCUACUUCCGGGCGCGCUUUCUGGCCGAGCCUGAGCGCGCGGGCGAGGUGCGCCUGGAGGAGGUGUCCCCGGACGUGGUGGCGCAGGUGCUGCACUACUUGUACACGUCGGAGAUCGCGCUGGACGAGGCGAGCGUGCAGGACUUGUUCGCCGCAGCGCACCGCUUCCAGAUCCCGUCCAUCUUCACCAUCUGCGUGUCCUUCCUACAGAAGCGCCUGUGUCUCGCCAACUGCCUGGCCGUCUUCCGCCUCGGCCUCCUGCUCGACUGCGCGCGCCUGGCCGUGGCCGCCCGCGACUUCAUCUGCGCGCGCUUCUCGCUCGUGGCGCGCGACGCCGACUUCCUCGGGCUCUCGGCCGACGAGCUCAUCGCCAUCAUCUCCAGUGACGGCCUCAACGUGGAGAAGGAGGAGGCCGUGUUCGAGGCGGUGAUGCGGUGGGCUGGCAGCGGCGACGCCAAGGCGCAGGAGGAGCGCCAGCGCGCGCUGCCCACGGUCUUCGAGAGCGUGCGCUGCCGCCUGCUGCCGCGGGCCUUCCUGGAGAGCCGCGUGGAGAAGCACCCUCUCGUGCGCGCCCAGCCCGAGCUGCUGCGCAAGGUGCAGAUGGUGAAGGACGCGCACGAGGGCCGCCUCACCGUGCUGCGCAAGAAGAAGAAGGACAAGGGGAAGGAGGCAGCCGGCGCCAAGGCUGCUGACAAGGGCACGGGCGAAGCCAAGGCAGGGGACGACGAGGAGGAGGCUGAACGCAUCAUCCCCGGGAUCCUCAAUGACACUCUGCGCUUUGGCAUGUUCCUGCAGGACCUCAUCUUCAUGCUCAGUGAGGAGGGGGCCGUGGCCUAUGACCCAGCGGCCAACGAGUGCUACUGUGCCUCGCUCUCCACCCAGAUCCCUAAGAAUCACGUCAGCCUCGUGACCAAGGAGAACCAGGUCUUUGUGGCUGGGGGCCUCUUCUACAACGAGGACAACAAAGAGGACCCCAUGAGUGCUUACUUCUUGCAGUUUGACCACCUGGACUCCGAGUGGCUGGGGAUGCCGCCGCUGCCCUCGCCGCGCUGCCUCUUCGGCCUGGGAGAGGCUCUCAACUCCAUCUACGUGGUCGGCGGCCGAGAGCUCAAGGACGGCGAGCGCAGCCUAGACUCGGUCAUGUGCUACGACCGGCAGUCGUUCAAAUGGGGCGAAUCGGAUCCGCUGCCUUAUGCCGUGUACGGCCACGCGGUGCUCUCCCACAUGGACCUGGUCUACGUCCUUGGCGGCAAAGGCAGCGACAGAAAGUGCCUGAAGAAGAUGUGUGUCUACGACCCUAAGAAGUUCGAGUGGACCGAGCUGGCCCCCAUGCAGACUGCACGCUCCCUCUUCGGGGCCACCAUCCACGAUGGCCGCAUUUUUGUAGCCGCCGGGGUCACAGACACGGGGCUGACCAGUUCAGCUGAAGUGUACAGCAUCGCGGACAACAAGUGGGCACCCUUUGAGGCCUUCCCACAGGAACGCAGCUCCCUCAGCCUGGUCAGCCUGGCGGGCACCCUGUAUGCCGUCGGUGGCUUUGCCACGCUGGAGACCGAGUCUGGAGAGUUGGUCCCCACAGAGCUCAACGACAUCUGGAGAUAUAAUGAGGACGAGAAGAAGUGGGAGGGCGUCCUGAGGGAGAUAGCCUACGCAGCCGGCGCCACCUUCCUACCCGUGCGGCUCAACGUGCUGCGCCUGACCAAGAUGUGACCAGCCCCGAGGGCCCGAACUAAGUACCCC